CACGGACCGAAUAAACGUCGAUCCCGCUAUUCUAUAAGGCAACAUCCUUAUAUCGCGUACGUUUCGAAGCAAAUUUCACCAAACGUACACUUUUUCGUAUAUUUAGGAAAAGUGCCGGACGACAAGAAACCUCUCGUCAACACAGCCGUGCCGGGUGCUAUGGCUGAGCUCAAACCGCAAGGCGGCAAAUACGUGCCGCCUGGCAUGCGCGAUGGUGGCAACAAACGUGGCGAUUCCAUGCAGAUGCAGAGACGGGACGACACGACUGCCAUUCGUAUCUCGAAUCUUUCGCAGAGCACCACCGACGCUGAUCUGGACGAGCUCGUCAAGCCGUUCGGUUCCGUGGUGAAACAAUUCCUGGCUAAAGAGAAGCUCUCCAAUCUCUGCAAAGGUUUCGCCUACGUCCACUUCAAGCACAGGGCCGACGCGGCGAGAGCGAUCGCCACAUUGGACGGAUACGGAUAUGACCAUUUGAUUUUAAAUGUAGAAUGGUCGAAACCGCAAAUACAAAAUAAUUGAAACUCAAUCUUAGGGAAUUAUAAUUUAUUUAUCAUAUUGUUAUUCGUUAUUAUUAAAUUUUUUCGCAGUUCAGGAAUUCAAUUUCUCUUCUUUUCCUUUUUUCCCACUUCUGUUUUACGUUCAAAAUAUUACUGACGAACACGGCUUACUUGACAGAAACUUUUGUGCUGUAAUAAUUCUAAUUGUUGUCAACCGAGCAACUUCCUCCAAUCUUCGACAUUAAAUAUGGCGAGCGCGAAAUUCAUUUUGUCAAAACAACUUCGACUUUUUUAUUUUGUAUUAUAUUCCUAAGAUUAUCUGUAUCUCGUGAGUAAUAUGGGCUUAUUCUCCCUAAAAAAAAUGAAGUACAUGCGGAGAAAGACAAUAGCUGAAUUAGUUUAAUUCUGGGAAGAAUUUAUAAAAAAAUUAGAGGGUGUGUUCACUUGGUUUUUCAAUACGGUCCGAAUCUUUUUUUUUUCUCUUAAUGCAGUUUGUAACGUUGCCGAUGUUCAAUAGAAUGUUUUUGAAUAAUUCUCAGAACUUACGUUGAACAUCAGCUAUGUUCCGGAUUGCAUCGGAAAAAGUGUUCCAACCGGAUUGAAAUCGAGUGCUUUCGUGAAGGUAUCGCAUGCUUUUGCGAUAUCAAAAUCAGAAAAUAUAAUAAUAGUCUGAAUUCGCAUAUUCAUUUAGUACUAAAUAUGAAUUAAGUUUUCGAUUACCCCAGUUAAUAUAAAUGUUAUGUUUAAAUACCGACUCGGAAUUAGAUCAUCUUAUUUAGAGCCUUAGCAGAAUGGCUGACUUGUAAUUAUUAGUUUGAAACAACGUUUUAUGUCUUAAGUAUAUCAGUCCACGAUCGAUAUUUUAGGCCUUAAGCAUUAAGAAAUUGACCAAUCACAGUCGAAUUAUGGAAGAAAAAUUAAUUAUGAUUGAUCAGUUUUUUAAAUCUUAUAUCUUAAAUUCUCAUUGUAGAACCUGCUUAAUGCAUAAGUUUCAAUCUACAAUAGAUACUUGAAGCCUUAAGAAAUUGGCCAAUCACAGUCGAAUAUGAGGAAAAUAAUCGACUUGAUUGGUCAAUUUCGUUAUACAUGCUUAGAGCUUAAAUUUUCAUUAUAGAUCCCGCUUAAGUGUCAUGUUUGGAGUCUUAAAUUGAAAAGCUGUUUAUGACUGAUGACAAAUCGCUGUAUAAUUAAAAAAAUAUAUAAAAAAUUA